AAAAACAAAUUUAGGAAAAAAUUAGCAAAUCCGUAACAAAGAAUAAUUAAGAAAUUUCGAAACAAAAUUGCGAGGGACUGACUAUUCUCAUUACAUUCCCCUCCAUUUUUUUUCCUCGCUCCAAGAACAGUUUCUACGAAGAGAUUAGCCAACAAAACUUGAAUGGCCUUAGAAUCAAAAUCAAAUCCACUGGAACAAGAUCAAGAAGAAGAAGCUGACAACGACAAUGAUGCACCUUCUCUGUCACAUCACCCUUCUGCACCACCCGACGAGUUGUUUGACAUUUCAACUACGAUUGAUCCUAGUUAUAUUAUAUCUUUGAUAAGAAAACUUAUUCCGAAUGGUGCGAGUAAUGAUCAAAAUUCCUAUCAAGUUGAUGCUGGUGAUGCUGUCUAUGGCAAAGAGUCAAAUGCUGAUUACAUGGAAGAGUGCGGAAAUGAAGCUUCUCCAUAUAGAGAGCAAGCUCAAAAAUCAGUGGAAAAUGGGGCUGAAAAGAUGAAGUCGGUUGAUGAUGUUGAUAGUUCUUGCCAAGAUGGAGAAGAUGAAGAGUCACUUUGUAGACUGGAACAGCCUCAUAAUAUAGCUGGAGAAGAUGUUUGGGAAGAGUUUGGUUGUGUUUUGUGGGAUCUUGCUGCUAGUAGGACUCAUGCUGAACUAAUGGUGGAGAAUCUAAUACUUGAAGUGCUUUUGGCUCACCUAGGGAUUUCACAAUCAGUACGAAUUACAGAGAUCUGUCUUGGCAUCAUUGGAAACCUAGCCUGCCAUGAAGUUCCAAUGGAGCACAUAGUCUCAACAAACGGACUGAUUGAAAUAAUAGUUGAACAACUGUUUUUGGAUGACCCUCAAUGCUUGUGUGAAGCUUGCCGGCUAUUGACUUUGGGUCUUCAAGGUGACCAGUGUAAGACAUGGGCUGAGGCACUGCAGUCGGAACAUAUUCUGAGCCGUAUUAUAUGGGUUGCAGAAAAUACCUUGAAUCCUCAGCUUGUAGAGAAGAGUGUAGGAUUGUUAUUAGCUAUCCUUGAGAGUCAACAACAUGUUUCAGCUGUUCUUCUACCUUUUAUGAUGAAGCUUGGCUUGACAAGACUUAUGAUCAGCCUGUUGGCUUUUGAAAUGAGCACAUUAAGGUGUGAAAGAGUGCCUGAAAGGUAUUCUGUUCUUGAUGUGAUUCUCCGCACAAUUGAAGCUCUUUCUACUUUAGAUGGCCAUUCCCAAGAAAUCUGCUGCAAUGAAGAACUUUUUCAACUAGUUUGCGACCUGGUCAAACUGCCAGAUAAAGCAGAGGUUGCCAGUUCUUGUGCUACUGCCUCAGUUUUAAUAGCAAAUAUACUGUCUGAUGUACCUGAUCUUGCUUCAGAGGUGUCAUAUGAUUUGACCUUUUUACAGGGUUUGUUCGAUAUACUUCCUCUUGCCUCGGAUGAUUUGGAUGCAUGGAGGGCACUCUGGAGCAUUAUUGCUAGAUUACUGGUUCGAGUAAAGGAAAGUGAGAUGGACCUAUCGAGUUUACAUCAGUAUGUAUUGAUUUUAGUAAGCAAAGCUGAUGUGAUUGAAGAUGAUCUCCUUGACCAACAAUUAGAAAUGACCAAUGAAGAAUCUAGGACCUCAACCAGCUCUAAUGGAAAAUCAGAUGCUAGGAAUAUAGCUCUUCGAAGAAUAGUCAAUAUUUUAAAUCAGUGGAUCACAUCAAAAGGCCACAAGGAAGGUGAUGACAUGGAAGAACAUUAUGACAUUAAUGUAAAAGUUGGUGGAUUGAUGAAAAGCUGUCACAAACACAUUGAGCAUUCAGUGCUUAAAUCAGGCACCUAAUUCCUUACUCCAUAAUUUUUUUUAUCUAAUACGAUCCAGUACUGUGAACUGAUCUCAUAAUCGCCUUCCUCAUUGUUCUAUAUGCAACUUGUAGAAUUACCCAGUGGGAAUAUCAGGUUUCGAAUUUCAUUUAAAAGGAUUAGAGUACUUAUAUCUGUACGCUGGAUAGCUUAGCUUUCAAGAAAUUUCUCUAUUUCUGACGGGGAUCAAGGUAAAUCAGCUGAGAAAACGUCAAAAACCUAAUGCAACUCGAUCAGCUCAAUGCGCAUAUGCUAAAGAAGUUUGAGCCUCCAAAUUUUUGCAAGUAGCUAGGUUGUUACUGAACAUAACUUAUUAUGUAGUUUGUACAGAAGAUGCUAUAAACAAUUAAGAAAUGAACUAGACUGUUUGUAGGAGUGUUACCUAGUUGAGUCAACUUGUGGACUAUUCAUAAUAGAUCCAAGAAAGUACUCAAAAUUGGCUCGAUUUUAAUUGAGUUGAGCUUGAGUUCAAGAUGCUUGAUUUACUGACUUGCGAGUUUAAUUGAGCUUUGGUUAAUAUUUUUUUUCA